AGCACAAUUGAAGUCGAUUUUGGAGAGGACAGCGCAAAGCAACAACAAGAAAAAAAUCCCCCCGUUGCAAAACGAUCAACGGAUAGUCCUCUUGGGAAGGAAGAGAGAGAGAAAAAAAAACACAAAUCAGACAAACAGUGCAACCACCGUCAUGCUGAACCUCGAAACGGGUGAAAUGGAGUACGGUACGGUCGGCGGGUACGACCGGGAACGUAUCUACCUCGACAAGGAGACGGGCGAAGUGAGCAGCGAUCCAACAGAGCCGGCCGGUUCGCGGCGGCGGCGUUCCAAGUUUCACGUACCGAAGCAGUACCUUCGCAACCAGUGUGGUAUCAUUGCGCGGCGGCCCCCACCGGUAGCGGCCGUGCCGAGCGUCGGCUGUGCCAUGAUGGCGUGCAAGCAAAAGAUGAUACCGAUGAUGAAGGAGGAGAUCACGGUCGGCUAUAAUGGUACCGCCGCACAUUUGCUCUUCCUUCUGCCACUGCUGUUUAUGACGCCGAAGCUGUUCGCGCUGGUUAUCACGUUUGUCGAGGCAAUUCUGCACAUGUGGGCUCACCGGAAGAACAGCACAAAUGGCAAUCCGGACGUUUACUACCGCAGCCCGAUGCACGUGGUGACGCGCAACUUUUGCGAAAUUUGUCGCCACGAACGUUUGAUGGGUCGGGUCGGUAAGCUGCAGGACGUGCGGAUGAAACAGAUGCAAAACUACUUCCGGAAGGUUACGCGCAACAUUGCCUAAAUGUAUACGAUCCGUUAUAGCUGUGUUACUUUCGCAGUGCCUCGAUCGAUCGACGAUCGGUGGGAUUUCCCUUCUUUUGAAGGAAAGCGAAAACCAAGGUGGCUACUGGACAGUGAAUGUGUUUUGUUUUCCAUUGAUUAAUUUGUUUUGUUUUUUUUUUCUAUACCAUCUGUGCUACUUUUUACCACUACAUUGCUGUAAAGUGAUAGCGUUAUAUGGAUUUACAUAUUAAUAAAAGCAAACAAAAGUAUACGCUUUGA